AUGGGUGGUGUCGAUCGUAAAGAUCAGAUGUUAGCUAUGUUCCCCCUUGAAAGAAAACGAACGAAAGUAUGGUACAAAAAGUUAUUUAGGCGGUUAUUAAAUGUAAGUAUCUUAAAUGCUUACAUAAUUUACAAGUCCCAACAAUCAAUGAAUCACCGAAGUUUUCGUAAAACGUUGGUGGUUCAGUUAUUGUCGAAUCACACUACGUCACAACCUAGGACUUUGGCCCAUAUUACACACAGCGGAACAGACAUCAAUACACAAGGUUUCGUGCACUAUCCACAACAGUACGUUGUGACUGAGAAAGCUAAUAAGGGUAACCGCUAUCGUCGCAAUUGCGCCGAGUGCGGAAAGCGUGUCACGACGUACUGCAAAGGGUGCAAUAAGCCGCUUUGCGUUUUCUCGUGUUUCAAGCCUUACCAUACCAAACUUUACAGGAACACUGCACAGUGA